ACUCCGCUCGAGACGGUCAUGUAAUGCCGCUAGCCGCUAGCGCGCACCGACAGCGCUCACGAUAAAUCGCCUCCGGUAGCCUAACUAGUGCAAACGUCCACAAAAUAUCACAGAGCCCAUAACUAUACAGUGUUUAAGAUAACUUUUCAGCUGAGCAAACUUUUGAGGUUAGAAUUUUCCUCCCGCUUUUCCGAAGUUCGCGCCAUCAAAAUCCUUUCGGCCUCUGCAGUUGCAUAACAAUGCAGGCCGCGUGGAAAUGUUUGGUACAGUGAAAAUUUUCGUGUGACUAGAUUCUGUUUCCACGCGGCGAAUGGCGUGUUAUAUGCCUAUAGGUGAUUUGGACCGAUUUCAGUUUAACGACUCGUAUUCGCUGGCCGCUUACGAAACGCUUCAAGCAAAAAAAGUUUUGCCGAAAAAGUUUGCAAUUCGCUUGACGACAGUAAUCUGAUAAAUUAAACAAAAUUUCUUUUCACUUGCCGUGAUACGUUCAUCAAUAGUUUAAAAAACUAAUUUUUUGUACAAAUAAUAGAGGGUCGUGAAUGUUAUCGCAUUUACCUUUUCUGUCAAUAUCAUUUGCAUAAAUUGUCCUCGAUUUCAACAGUUAGAAUUACGAUCUGUCUGUGGCUUUGACUGUGAUAUUUUGUGGUAGUGUCAGUGUAUUGUGAGUUUUGCAGCUCAGGGAAACGUUACUAAUAUUACCUUCCCGAUGUGUAUUUUACAGCAAUACCAGUGUUGAGUUAUAAGUUAGAAUUACAAUAACCACAAGUGAUACGAUAUAGUUGGAAAUGGUAGGAAAGUGACACGCUAUUGGUGACAGCGGUUUUGAAAAAUACCAAUAGAGAACGGUAUUUUGAAAGUGCAUCUAACCCCUUGUCUGGCUCAUAAAUAUUGUGAUACGGAUUCCGCAAACCUCACAUUGUGGUGUAAGCUACACCGGUGGUGCAAUAUUAGUGCAUUAUGUAUUACAUGAGCUGCAAGCAUCGAUACACAAAACGAACUGACACCUGAAGAUAAAAACGAAACUGUCAAUGUCACAAAUAUUAGAUUUACGGUUCGGCUACACGUGACGGAUUAAUGCAAUGACAGACAGAACGUAGGGUCGUAUUGUGUGAGGUCGGGUGCGUGUUAUGCGCACAGUUUGAGCAGUGACGGCGAACGGGCGGCUGCAAUGGGCGCGGCGCGCCAUGCGUCCGCGUUCGCGCCCGCUGCGCUUGCUUCUGGCGGCGCUGGCGUUAGCUUCGUGCGCGGCGGCACCGGCGCCCGAGCCGCGCGCGCAACGCUCGGCGAACCUAAGCCAUAUUACGGGCACCUCGCGUACAAUACAGAUGUUCCUCAAGAAUCGUUAUCUUCAGCUUCUGCCGGAUGGCACCGUCAACGGCACCACAGACGGCAACAGCGUUUACACGAUACUUCAGCGUGCGACGUACAAGGUCGGCCUCCUGACGAUCCAGGGGGUUUCCACUUGUCUCUACCUCUGCAUGGAUGCCUGCGGGUUCCACUACGCUAAUGAUCUCUCGGACGAUUGCGUGUUCGAGGAACAUAUAGAGGAGAAUAACUACAACACGUAUUCGAGGAUACGUGCCGGUAAGAAGACGUUCCUGGCGCUAGAUAACCGGGGGAAAGCGCGUCGAACGCAGAUACCAGUGAGCAGACCUCUGGGCAACCUCUCCGGAUAUGCCCUCACGCUCACUAAGCGCUGGGAGGGACCCAAACACUCCCAGUGCCCCCCUCGACGGCACCGCGGCAAACUGAAACGACCGCCGCCCUUCCACAGGAACUGCCAGCGCCGCGUCGCGAAACAAAACAUGCGGAAACGGAAGCACAAAAAAGCGAACGACCCGAAAAAAAAACGGCAUCCGAAAGCGCGGAGAAAACACGACAGCACGACGAGCACGACGGAGAUGAGCUGGGACGAAUCGACGAUGUCCACUAUGUCGACGACUGAUGAGUUUUUUCGGUCGGCGACCGGUCGCGCGUGAGCCGGUCGCUGGUCGCCGUGGGAGCCGCCGUGGCGCUCGCACACUAGCACCGUUCCACUUACGCUAGAAUCUCUAACCGGCCACGGUUAGGCAGGUGCUCUGAACUCAUACUUAACGUCACCUUAAGUUAAGGCUAGUCCAUUUGGUAGGUCCCUUGCACCUGCUGCGCUAUUUAUUUGUCCUUGUAAACCUAUUGAUACUGCUGUGAAAGUUUAUUCAUGUUCAACAAAUAAAUCAGAAAUAUAUGAACAUCUAACAAAGCAUCAUUCCCAUUAAAUUCCAUUCCCUAAGAAUGGCACUUGAAACAUUCGCCGCAAAUGAUCGUGGCAAAACUCACUCAAUAAAAUUGAGCCUUUCCCAGAUCACAAUAACUUUAAAAACAUUUUAUACAUUUCACGUUAUUAAUUUCUAUAAUCAUAACAAGUCAAAAUACUUAAACUUUGUAACUAGUAAAAUAUUCAUUAACAAAUUAAUUUUGUAACAUACAGAUAAUCGUCACACAGUUUUUCAUUGAGUUUUGUAUUUAAUUCUCAAUUACAUAUAUCCGUUAAUUGUUAAUGUUACCCUAUGUUCUUUUCAAAAUACUCAAUACUCAAUUAUCAACGUAACGUUAAUGAUAUUAUUCUACCAAAGCUACUGAAAUUAUCUAUCUCAAUUAUAUUCCUAGUACGCUUUAACGUAGUUAUAACGGAUUCCAAUUGUCUUAGUUAUCAUGAAAUUAACUUAGUCGAUAACUUAUGAUUAAUAUCGAAUGUAAAUGAGCCGAGAUUUGUUUGUGGAACUGUGCUAGGUGGAGGGAAGAUCCUUAUUUGCUGCAAAUGACUCGCCACAGACUACAUCAGUAAGGACAGUCUUAAAUAACGAGCCAAAAAGACUUUUGUAACGUCUGUGCUGUAAUUAUAGCAACGCGUUCAUUCGGAGUGUCCAUACUGUUAGUAGAUCAACAACAUCCGCACCCCCCCAGAUCUAUUUUAACCUUUGGACCGAAUCACGCGUCUGUUUAUUAUUCGUAUAUCAACCGAGUCGAUUUCCUAUUUAAUUAACUCUUAGUGAUCCGUUAAUGGAUGCAAUGCGGCCCAUUGCAUUCCGUUAUACAAACUUAUCACUUCCCAAAAACAUGUUCCGCAUCUCGAAUAUUUCUACGUUUAUUAAUAAAUGAAUUCAGUCUAUUUGUAGCGAAUAUGGAUCGGUAAAGGUUUAUUGUACUUAGACGGAUAUGUUUGGUGUAUUUUCAUAAGGAAUUGACUGAAAAUAUAUGACUGAGUAAUGUAGGAACCGUCUGUUUUGGUAUAGGCUAUGAUAGUGUAAAGUGCGGCGGCGGCUUGCUUCUAUUAGUUGUAAGUUAGGACUUGAUACGAGCGAUUUUGCAUAAGUGUUGCCAGUAAAAGAUACAUCACAUUAUUAUGUUUAACAUUUAGUCUGUGAAUCCAAAUUGCAUUUCGCGCGCAAAUUCGUUCGCAUCAAUCAACCGAAUAAGUAGUGAUAAAAUUUAACGGCGAUGAAGUGACUAUUAGUAGUUAGGUAUGUCGUGUAUGUAAUUUGUAAAUUAUUUAUUUUAUUUUCCAUAGAGAAAGUCGUAUUUUGUUAACGUUUUAGUUGAUGUUUUAAUUCUUGACCCGUUAGUACCAUCCGGUGUAGACAUUAGGAUGACAUACGCUUGUAAAGUUAGUGAGCCAUUAUGUGUAUUAUAUUUAUAAUAUUCUAUAGCAAUUUAAUUUUUAUUGUUUGUAUGAAUGAAUAUUGUAAAUGAAUAGAUAUUACAAGAAUACAUUCUGUAUAAAUCCCUCGCAAUCGAUGUAUGAAUUGUGCUUAGAAUAAACAAGUCUUAAUAUUCGUUAGCGGACGAAAAAUUAGAUAUAAGCUCUAAAGUAAUAAUUUAUUAAUGUUAUACAGGAUAAAUCACUCUUUCGGUAUUAAUUACCGCGGUACAAACAGAAACCAUUUGCAACAACAUUCAAUACAUUAUCAAUAUUCAUAACAAAACAAAAGCAAUAAUAAGAAAUGAUUAGUAUCGAGCAUUUUAUGUAAAACAAUUGUUGCGAACAAAUAUUAAUAGUCCGCUAAUGAAAUAUUCAAGAGUUAUGAAUAUUCAUUGUAAAGCUUUAUGAUUGUACGUAUGCGAGAUGAAUCAAGUUAUUUAUUAUGUCCGUUGUUAUGUCAAUGAAAACGACGUAUUUGUACUAUGUAAAUAAAGCAUUUAACCGUAUUUUGUUAGAGCCUGUACUUUUUCAGGACCUACAUAAAACCUCUUUUUUACACAAAGACAAUUCGGAUUUUUCAUCUAUGUCUGCGACAAUAAUAAAAUUUGUAAUUGGAACACUGUUUAAUAUUAAAGGCUCUAAUAUUUUCACUUGAUUUUAAUUAAUUUGCUUUUGUAAAUAUUAUGAAUUUAUUAUCCUAGAAUCAGUAUUGGAGCAUAGUGAAAAUAUGGUUAUGUAUUCAUGAUGUAGAUUUUAUUAUAAAUAACAAUUCUUUGUUUUUUAAUCACUUAAUUAUUCGAAGGCCUACCUCUGAUAUCAGACUCACUUUCUCGAUCAAUAAUGAGGUCAAUAGACAAAACCUCCAUAUUAUAAACUUUAAUAAAGCUUCAAAUCAAAUGUUUAUGUUCUAUUGCACCUUAUACGUCAUUAUUAACGAAGAAUUUGUAACUUGUUUAUGCGAAACUUCAUAAAAUUACUGAGUACUCUUAGGCAGAAUGCUAUUUGUAAACGGAACACGAAACGGAUAAAUAACGUUAGAGGAGCCAUUAGACUGUGGUCGACGCUUGGACUACCUUCAUUUCAAACAAUAUAAGAAAACUGUUCUAAAAUUGUGAAGUCACGCGGCCCUUGCGUUCUUAUUUAUCCAUUCCGUAGAUAAACAUAAUUCGCAGGAAUAAGUCGGCCAGAAUCAUUUAAAACGCAGAAGUCUUCAGGUUUUUUUAUUAAACCACCUCGCAAUAUCUGACUAAGUUAUGUAUUGUAGAGCUCUGAAGAUAUCAUACACGUUUAUUUUCUCACUGUAAAAUACAUUUUUUUUAUUAUAUUAAUUACACUCAUGUGCCAUAUCCUACUUUUAAUAGAAUUACCUGUCAAAAUACUUAGUAAUACAUACUUGACUGUAACUUAGCUACUUCGAUGUAAAGGAUUUAAGAAAAAAUUGAGUUAUUAGAAAACUGAAAUUUAUUUGGAAUAAAAAUAUAAUAAUCACAAUAUUUAGGAGUCGUAACAUACAUAAAUACAUAAAGGGCUAAAAAUGUAACAUUUUAUUACUUUGGAAACUUUUCUACGUAUUUAUGAAAUUUUAAAGGAUACGUACCAAAAGAACAAUAUUAGACUUUUUCGUAGUUUAUAUAACGCUUUUUUUAACAAAUCUAUAAGGAAAAAUCAUUGUAUCGAAAACUGUACCCACCAAAUUAAUGGCUCCUAAGUCUUUUUGUCUUAUUACGAGACAAAAUGGUUUACUUGGGUCAAACAGUAUUACUUCUACCUUUACAUUUCUACAAUAAAGCUGUAUUCGUGAUAAUACAUGUACAAAUCGAAUAAAACAAUUGUGUGUCCCUUGACAUGAUUGUGUGCAGUAAAAGAAAUUUUGUUGUAUCGAAAUGAGAUGGUUAUAAAAUGUGUAGAUUAAGAUUCAAAACGAACUAAGUCCGAUAGCGUGACAUAAUGGAUAAAGACUAAAGUUGUAAAUUAACACCAAUAUAGCGUAGACUUCCCAAAAGGAUGAACGAAACUUUUAGACAAUAACUUUUGCAGCCUCUUAUACCGAAAUAUAAAAUAAAAUGAUUCUUUGAAUAUAA